AUAUAUUGUUCAUGGGGUUAUGUGAAGACACCAAGUCGUCGUUCCAACUUCAAUUGUUCAUGGAGUCAUGCGAAGACCCGAAGUCUUCCCAAAAUUGUGACUAAAACUUUUGCAUUCCUUCAUUUGUGUGUGUGUGUAUAUAUAUGUGUGUGUAUAUAAGAAGAGAAUGUAUACAUAAAAUCUACUUUAAGCAUUUCAAAAGGUACGGUGUAGGAGAAAUGGGGUUGGUUUGGUUCCUCGCUUCUUUUUCUGCUUGCAGCAUCUUCAUUUGCAAGGCAACAUGAAUCUGAGCAAGAACUCAAGCAUUCAACUUUGCAUUUGCCCUUGUAUCAUAUGCAAAGACAUGACUCGCACAGAUCAGAACCCCUCUUUGGAACAAAUUCCAUCGGCACACCCUUUAUAGCUGAUACUCGGGAUAAGGGCAAUUACUAUAUCAAUAUCAACCUUGGCACUCCGCCCAAACGCUAUGCCGUGAUGGUCGACACUGGCAGCUCCUUCUCGUGGGUGCAAUGCCAGCCCAAGCCAAAUUCCUCUGCAUCCACCACCUUCAAAAAGUUACCGUGCUCGACAACCCAGUGCAAGUUACUCAGGGAAGCCACUCCAGAAGGCCCUGAUUGCACUAGUCCUAGGGAGUGCAAGUACAAAGCUAGCUAUGUGGACGGAACUUUCUCCUUUUGCUACUUGACUCAGGAUUCACUGACCCUAACACAAUCAGAAGAAACACUGUCUGGUUUUGUGUUCGGGUGUGGACACUGGCAGGACAGUAAUGGGUCUACGUUUACCAGUGAGUCUGCUGGUCUUGUUGGCAUGACUCGUAACAACAAACUCUCCAUGAUCUCUCAGCUUUCGGCCAAGUAUGGACAUGACUUCUCCUACUGCCUCCCAACAGCACAGGGAGGCAGUGGAGGCUCAUUGUUCAUAGGAAAGGAUUCAUUGACGAGAUCAUCCUACAACUUCACUCCAAUGCUUACUAAUUCCAAAGAUAGCGGGUUGUAUGGUUUGAAUUUGACCGCGAUUGUAGUGGCAAACAGGACAUUGGGACUGGAUUACAAUAAGGAUCCAACAAUUAUAGAUUCUGGGACGAUGGUCACGCGCUUGCCUACGUUGGUAUAUGCAAGCCUACGUUAUGAGUUCAAAAGGAUCAUGUCUCUAGAGAAAAAGAAUAUUCUAGUUGACUUGUCUUCUAAAGAAUUUCUAGAUACAUGUUAUAAAGGCAGUUUGAAGGAGAUGUCAUCAUAUGUGCCUCAGGUUCGGAUGGUGUUUCAAGGAGGGGUCGAACUCCCUCUCGCACCUCAAAACCUUCUUGUAGAAGGGAACAAGCCGGGCACUGUGUGCUUGGCCUUCGCAAAUUACAUGGACAACGGUGGAACCGCCAUUAUUGGAAACAUUCAGCUGCAGACAUAUAGUGUGGCUUAUGAUGUCUCCAAUUCAAGAAUUGGGUUUGCUGCUGGGGGUUGCAGCUAGUUAUUAAAAUGUUUAGCAUCUUUCUUUUCAUGUAUCAAACAUUAUGGCAUCUCAUGAAAAAGGAGUCGUGGGUAUGCUCUGCAACAACCCUCUCUAUAUGAUAGAUGAACUUUCCGUGACCCUAAAUUUUUCUUAUUUGGAUAGUAAAUCCCAUGUUUGUAUAUGAUAUUGUGUUAUUGUAUAAGGAAGUAGAUGAUAAAACGGAUUAACAAAAAUAAUAAAUUUUCAAAUAGUUUCAAGUAAAAGGCUUAGAGGCAGGUCGUGCAAAUAAAACAUCAAAUUGGUAAACCACUUAUUUAACAAUCUUUUUGCUCAACAGCCUGCCCAAAAAAACUAUAAUUGUCAUUUUUAUAAAAAUUUGUUCAAAAGGUCAAAUAGGAUAAAAAAAAAAAGUUAAGGCGUACCAAAUCUUAGAGAAUAUCAAAGUAAUAAGUCAUUAAUUUAUUCAUAUUGAAAGGGCAAUUUUGUUCUUAAAAAAUUACCAUUUUUAAUGUCCAAAUAAAUAGGAAAGAUACGAUGUUUUAUGAUUGAUUUUACAACAGAUAAACAACUGAAUGACUAUAACACGGUCCCAAUCCUCAUGUUCUAAUUUUUUUAAAAUAUGCAUCAUUAACUAAAGGGAUCAUGGUUGAAAAACAAAAUAAAUAAAUAAAUAAAAAAUAAA